CUGAGUUUUUAACGUUAGUUGGAUUACUAAAAGCGCGUAAUGUGGAUGUUCCCUAAAGAAAAGUGAUUGUAGAAGGACAUUUCAGUUUUGGAUUUUCGCGGAAUAGUACUUUUAAAGCUAGAUUGUUGAGCACUUGAGCUAGAAUUUUGGGACUAGAUAAAGAUCUGUUAAUCUUGUAAAGAGACCAAAUGUAAUGAGAAUGGAUAGAGGAAUGUAAAAGACUGCAAAGCCGUCUUUUAGCUUUUUCACUGUGCUGCUAGUAUUGGAAUUUCAUAAGUUGUAGAACUAAGUGCAAUUUAUGCAUUUUCUUCGAGUCUGAGAAGUAAUGCUGUUGUUAAGCAGAUUGUCACUUGGUGAUUACCAUGAAGCUAUUGUUAAACAUUGUGGAAUCAUUUAGAGUGUAUUGUGCAUCUUAGAAACAUAGUCGGGUGACUCUUAUCCACUCAACUGAUUUCUGUCAGCUGGAUCGUGGAGUCUCUAUAGGCUAGGUUGACCCAUAAACAUUAGCCAGCCUUAUUUUGCUUCGAUUCUCUGGCAAAUGGAAAUAGAGUACAGACUGAAGUAAAACCAGAUUUAUGUGUUGCACGAAGCACUCACAAGUACCAAAAUUUGGCAACUGGGAGAACGACGAAGAUGUUGCCUAUACUACCUAUUUUGAGAAUGCUAGUAAGGGUAAGAAAGGCAGUAAAAUGAAUCCAAAUGAUCCUCAGGAUCCUGAGGCAGAAGUAAAAGGUCAAAAUGGAAGAGAUGCAGUACGAUCAAAAGAUGAGCGUUUUUCCAGGAGAGAUGAUGUAGAAUCGCGGAAAUCAAUUGACUCCCCAUUGCACCCAGACGCUAUGGGUCAAAAAGCUCCAACUUACUCAUCUCCACAACGAUAUGGUGUGAAAUCUGUAGGCAACAAGUCAGAAUCAGAAACAAUGAAGGGUGCGGAAAUCCCAACAGCAAGGCAUGAACGUCGGCCAAGUAGAGAAGAGUAUCUGAGGAGACCUACUGAUUCCCCAAUGCGCAAUGAGAACACGGGGAGAAGAACUCCUAUGGAAUCACCUCAUCAUCGCUAUGGCGGCUUAAGUGGUGGUGCUACACCUAAGCGGGCCUCUCAGCAAAGUGGGGGACCUGAUCGCAGCAUUGAGCACUCUCCGCUGCAUCCACAUUCCCAGGGAAGGGUUGGAGGCAAAGGUGGUGCAGUUUCCUCUCCGUCGUGGGAAAGAAAGGUUUCAUCUGAAGGUAGUCAAGGUCUGGCUCCCUCUACACCUGGAAGAUCCCGUCUGAGAUCAGUUACGAAAGGCGAUGACAUGUCUGAUGACAGCCCUGCUGUUCCUAAAUUUGGUGACUGGGAUGAGAGUGAUCCUGCAUCAGCAGAAGGUUACACACAAAUAUUUGACAAAGUGCGAGAGGAGAAGCAGACUGGUGCAGCAAAAGUACCUGGCACGUCAACUGAUACAUCUUAUUCCAACAGUCAGAAGCGAUAUGGAAAUGACAGUGGAAAGGGAUGUUUGUGCUUUCCGUGGGGUCGGAGUUGACAGUUCUGAGGAUGGGAGUUAAGAAAAACCACCUGGGGCAUGUACCCUAUUUUAAAACAUAAAACUUUGGUUAUGUAUAGGUUUAGGUCUGGUAUAUAUGUUGUUCAUUGUGUGCUUGGAUGAGAACUCUUUUUACUUAGAAAUCGACUAAGGGAAAGAAAAAAAAAACAAAGAGAAAUUGAAAUGGACUGAUAACAUUCUUCUUUUUCUGGUAUCCAAAUAGUUGCUGGCUUCCUUUUCA